AACUUAGCAACACAGCGCGCAUCAGAGUGAGCAGACAGUUUUUAACGGAGUGAGUCUGGAGGAAAAGCUGCUGUGAAAAUGUUUAAAAUCGAGAACGAGGAGGAAGUUUGUGGACAACGCAAACUACUGGACGCUGUUUUCCAGCCUGAAGUCCGGCUGCACAGAGCAGACGUCCAGCUGCUGUUGGUGAGUAAAGAAGAGGAUCCCCCUGAGCAGCAGGACUGGAGCCCCAGUCUGGACCAGGAGGACCCACCAGAGCCCCCACACAUUAAAGAGGAACCGGAGGAACGCUGGACCAGUCAGGAGGGAGAGCAGCUUCGAGGGCUGGAGGAGGCGGAUAUCACCAAGAUCACAUUCACUCCUGUCCCUGUGAAGAGUGAAGAAGACGAUGAAGAGAAACCUCAGUCCUCACAGCUUCAUCUAAGACUAAGUGAACAGAUUAAAACAGAAGCAGAUGGAGAGGACUGUGGAGGACCAGAACCAGCCAGGAACUCAGAUCCAGAUAGUCAUUUACAACCAGCUACUCCUGACGAGACGUCAGACUCCUCUGAACCUGAGACUGAUGACAGUUGUGAUUGGGAGGAGACCAGGGAACCUCAGUCAGGUUUAAACACUCAAAACAAUGAAGUACCUGUAAGUGGUCAGGAAUGUAAUACUGGAAAAACAUCAGGUAGCUCCUCUGCUACAAACUUUGGCCACAAGGAACAUCUGCAGAAACAUGAUGGAAUCCAAACAGGAGAGAAACCAUUUAGUUGCUCAGUUUGCGGUAAAAGAUACCUCGGGAAGAACUCCUUAAGGACUCAUAUGAGACUUCAUUCAGAAGGAAAACGUUUCAGCUGCUCAGUUUGUAAAAAAACUUUUCCAUGGAGAAGAGAGGUUGUGAGGCACAUGAGAAUCCACACAGGGGAGAAACCCUUCAAUUGUUCAGUUUGUGGUACAGGAUUUGCAGAAAACACACAUCUGAAACAACACUUGACUGUCCACACAGGGGAGAAACCAUUCAGUUGUUCAGUUUGUGGUAAAGGAUUUGUAGAUAGGGGAAAUCUGACACGGCACUUGAUUGUCCACACAGGGGAAAAACCCUUCAAUUGUUCAGUUUGUGGUAAAGGAUUCGCACAAAAGACACAUCUGAGACGACAUUCAGCUGUCCACACAGGGGAGAAACCAUUUACUUGUUCAGUUUGUGGUAAAGGAUUUGUAGAUAAGGGAACUCUGAGACGACACUUUGGAAUCCACACAGCAGAAGAGCCAUUUAGUUGCUCAGUUUGUGGUAAAGGAUUUGUAGAUAAGGGAACUCUGAGACGACACAUGAGAAUCCACACUGCAGAGAAACCAUUUAGUUCAUUAGUUUGUGGUAAAGGAUUUGUUGAUCAGGGAAGUCUGAAUCAACACUUGACUGUUAACACAACGGGGAAACCAUUUAGUUGUUCAGUUUGUGGUAAAGGAUUUGUAACUAAGGGAACUCUGAGACGACACUUGAGAAUCCACACAGUGGCAAAACCAUUUAGUUGUUCAGUUUGUGGUAAAGGAUUUGUUGAUCAGGGAACUCUGAAUCAACACUCGACUGUCCACACAAGGAGGAAACAAUAUAGUUGUUCAGUUUGUGGUAAAGCGUUUGUAGAUAGGGGAUCUCUGAGACGACACAUGACUGUCCACACAGGGGAGAAACCCUUCAAUUGUUCUGUCUGUGGUAAAGGGUUCACACAGAGGACAAAUCUGAGACGCCACUCGACUGUCCACGAAGGGGAAAAACCAUUUAGUUGUUCGGUUUGUGGUAAAGGAUUUGGAGAGGGGGGGACUCUGAGACGACACAUGAGAAUUCACACUGUGGAGAAACCCUUUAUUUGUUCAGUUUGUGGUAAAGGAUUUGUAGAAAGGGGAAAUCUGAAACAACACCUGACUGUCCACACAGGGGAGAAACCCUUCAGUUGUUCUGUCUGUGGUAAAGGAUUUGGACAGAAAACAAAUCUGAGACGACACUCAACUAUCCACACAGGGGAGAAACCAUUUAGUUGUUCGGUUUGUGGUAAAGCAUUCACUCGGCUUCAUAUGUUCAAAAACCACAAGUGUGCAGGUGAGAGCAGCGGCAGUAAAUGAAGCUUGUUGAGCCAAUUCCUUCCAGCAGGAUCUAAAGUACUGAAGGCAAGACUCGGCUCAACACUGAUCAGUUCAAAACUGUGAUACAGACUCCAAAAUAAGAUGUGCGUCAUCUUUUCAGCUAAGAUGAAACCAUGUGUAGCAUGAUCAACGUGGAUUCUGAUGAACAUCUUGUAUCUUUAUUGAUAAAAGAAUUUUCCGUUUUUGAAAGUCUGCCUCUAGGUCAUGAAGCCCAGGUCCCAAGGAGGACAGUAAUGGGACGUUAAGUGACAAAUGACCCACUUUACGAUGUGCAGAUCUCAAACUGACCCAACACCCCCACAUCCCAGGGGGAUGGAAGUCCACAGCACAAGGCUCACAGAUAAAUGACUUUGCAAUGCAAAAUUGAAAUGUACAUUAAUUGAUAUGUUUUGUGUCAUUAACCAUAUGAAAAGUAUGUGAAGUUUUGAGCCCUGAACUAAUGGGAACAGUUUCUUGAUAUAAAGAAAUUAAGUGUGUAUGAUAGUUUUACAAGGCAUGGCACCAUUUUGUUGGUGACACAAAACUAUUUUUUCAGUGACAUGUUUGGUAAUUUGGGACACACAGUUUCAUUAGUGUAGGUCCUUGGAUUCAACUCUAAUGACAUAUUUCAAACUGAUUUCUUGUUUUCUUAACUGAUUGACUGCGGACCACCUACUGCCCGAUUCGAAGCUGCUAACUAGCUAGCUGUACACAGUCUGGAGCAACUCUGCUGUGAAGAGUACUAGAAGACGCAGUAUACUGCAACCUAAGCUCAUCUACACACUUUAUGACUAAAGUAACGUAAGGGAAAGGCUCAUUUUCACAACAGCUGGUUACUCACAAGGCCACCUUCCUUUAAAAGGGGAAGGCUCGGCUGGUAACCCGCAGGUGCAGUUAGGCUGUGGGUGCGCUAACCAGAGGUGCAAGAAGUAUUCAGGUCCAUUAGGUCCAAGUAAAAGUUCUGCAAGUACUCACAAUGCAGCAAAAUGUUCCCUGUCAGUGUUUUAUUAUAUCUGAUGUUUCUGGAUUCAUAUUCCUGCUGCAUUAAUGUGUGUGUUGCAUUUUACUGCUGCAGAUGUUUCAGGUUGAGCUCAUUUUAACUGCUUUAAACUACCCAACAGUAUAUAAUCUACAUCAUAUUCUACAAGAUCAUCAUAAGUUUGCAUUAUUUGAGAAUUUAUGGUGUGUUAUUUUAGAGAAGAUGUGUGUGUGUGAUAUUUAUAAGCCAUAUCGCCCAGCCCUACUUCAUUCUGUCCUCGCUCCACUUAUUGUAGCCGAGAUGGCGUGUUUAGUCUCUUUAUAGAGCUAACGAAGCAGGAAAUGUGAAAAAUAAUUUACAUAACAAAUUAAGUGAUCAUAGCUGGCAAUAAGACAAAAAGUAAGCUGGAAUACCAAACGUGUAUUUGGUCUGCCUGCCACCUGACGUAUUGAUUUUUAUUUUACUAUUUUAUUUGCUGUAAUAAGUAUAUAUGCAUAUAGGAACAUAUGUAUUAGUAUUUUCAUAACAGAUGUUGUACAUUAUUACCAUUUAAACCCCAGUUAACAGUCUAUUACUUAUUGCGAAGUGGAUAAUUCUGUUUAUUCAUAAAAGAGGUUUGGUGUCUUUCAGCAACUGAGUAGGCCAACCUUUUAAACAUGGAAGCAUCAAACAUGUAAUAAACUUCCUUCAUUCUUUAGGAAAGAAAUUAAAACAAAAUAAUUAAGACAAGAUAGUUGGAUGGGGGGUGGAGUAAAGGUUUUGCACCGCAGAAAACAAAACAACUUCUUGCCCUUCUAAUACUACCAACGGGCUGAACGUGAUGUGUGAAGGCGUUUGCUGCGAGGGAAAGAGACGGAGAGACGCAAAGACAAACUAACUCUCAAAGAAAGUUAGCACUCAUAAGUUGCUGCUUCCAGCUUAAAGAUGCCUGCUCCAGUCUGCUCCAGCGCCUGCGUCCUAACGAUACCGCUGUUAGGACCGUAACUCAAUUAUCAUCUGGCAGAUGCUAACACCACAUUGCGGAGUUUUGUAGAAAAAAAGACGAAGUUUGGAAGAUCCCCACUUGUGUCUAAGUCAGACUGCUGAAGCCUCAGAUUAACGUCCCCUGAACUUCACAAUGCAUUUGUUCCAGUUACCAUCGGGUCAUGACAUUGAUUUACCUGAGGUCUGUUUUAGACCGGGUCCAGACUUUUGGACCUAUGAAGACCUCUUCAGACUCACUUCAAGCAGCAGCAGCAGCUUCUACAUGUGCUUAUCUGUAAAAUGUCACUGAGAUAAAUGUAAAAAGACGUGUUGCUCUCCACCGCUCACUAACACGUCAUUGAUUCAAACUUGUGGCUGCAGCUUUAUUUAGUAGCUUCAUGGUUCAUGUGUCUUCAUUUCCCUCCUGAUUCAACCAGGAGGGUUUCAGGUCCAUCACAGUCUUUCCCAGUCUUCCUUCCUCUUUAGUUUUAUACUUCAGAGUGAAGCUUUAAAGCCUCAUUUCAACUCCACUAAGUAACUGAUGAUAACUAAACAGGUUUCUCUGCAGAACAUCUCCUUCCUACCAGGUCAUUACUGUAAAACAGUCUGUAAAACAGUCUGUGAAGUUUUAUUUUCAUCAAAAAUCUUCCAGUGAAUAAAGAAUAUUUUGACUUGUUUCAGGUAUUUUUUUUAAAUCAAGUGAUGUUUUUCUUGAUUUCCGUGCAGCGACCUGCCGUCUUCUGUCAUUUUGAGAAGAUUUUUGAAACAAGUACAUUUUUUACUGGAAACUGGUUAUAUAUUAUAUGUUUAAGUCUUACACUUGUUUAUGCUCUUUCAUGUCUCCUCUAUAUAUAUAUAUAUUAUUUUUUAUAUGUAACCUUUUUUCAAGUCUCAUUCAUGUCCUACAUUUCCCUUCGACCAAAUAGUUUUGUUUUUAUGUCCACAAGUUUCCAAAUAUGUGAAUAUGAAUGGAGAGAGUCAUUGUUUUAGGAAUAAAGAACCAUGUUGAUAAAUAUUAA